GUGCUUGGUAUGAUUAUAACGCUUCUAAAUGUUAUGGAGGAUCGAGUACCGCAUUUUUCUACCUUGGUGGCCUAUCUUUUAAGUUAACUUUUCUUCUACCUUUGCCAUGGUUUGCUUGCUGCUCAGGUUUGUUUGGCUCCACUUGUUUUCCAUAGUUCUAACUAUCAUGGCAAUUGGGAAACUUGUGGUAGACGGCAUAAUGACUUGUUGGAAGUGGAGGAUAAUGUUUUUGCUUUAGUUGCCAUGUACUGCAAUUUAUAUUGGUUAAUUUGCAUUGUUUUAAAUCAAUACUCUGACAACAAAAUAGGCAAUGGAUUGGAUUAUCCGUGGAGAAUACCAAACAAAACCUGAGAUACAUACCUUGAGCAGUGCAUCCAACACAGCAAACUAUUCAUUUGCAACCAGAACUUUGGAUGCUCGGUUCCAAUGUAGUAACAUUCUAAGUUGAUAAUAUCGUUAGGUUGUGCGGCAAAUGUAAAACUGCACUGUGCGACAGAUUAAGAAGGGCAAAUAUUCAGAAAGGGAGGAGAAGAAUCUAAUAGCAGUAGCUAUCACACUGCAAGCAAAAGGCCUGGGUUGAGAUUCUUAAAGACUUGAACAAGGCAAAGCGAUUCCACUUUCCUUCCCUUGCAUGCCUCCAAUGCAAGACAACUGCUUUCGUGCCUUGUAUCUCGUAUUCUCUCUAAACCUUCUCUAUAUAUAUACUUACAGGCAAUUUGUGGUACAACACUUAGCUUACUACUUAAGCUUGGAGUUGGAGUGCAUUGCACAAGGUUGCGCUUGCGCAUAAGGAGAGAUCUUGGAUGUUCACAACUCGAUCUUGCGUCAUGGAUGGCGACAUGAAACAACUGAGGGUUACGUUUUCUGGGGUGGGCCAGGAAGGUCAAGGUGGCAACGAGACUGUAACAAUACCAUCUCAGCAAAGCACAAGUUUCCGUAGAGGGCUAAUGAGUAAUGGGGAGGAACACGACGCAGCGUAUGCAGCCACGGUGGCAGCAGUGGCGUAUGCGAUUGCUGCACUAGAGGAGGAGAAAUUGGCAUCUCAUGAGAAACCUGUUUCGGAGAAAUUUGUAUCCGAAAACAAGCCUCUUGCAGAUAAGUUAGGGUCGCAAAAGAAGCCAGCGUCAAUUGACGAGCGUCAGACCACACCACCUUUGAAAUCACCAACCAAGAGAGGUGAAAGCCUGAAAAGGCCUAUUGAAGGCAGCAAAAUUUCUAAAUGGUUUAGCGGUAAAGAGCCUGUAGAUGAUGAUUAUGAUGAUGAACAAGGAGCUAAUGUGUCGGUGAGGAGGCCAUUAAAACCGGCACAAAAAAAGCCACAGGGAAUAACCUCAGAUCAAAGCGUGGUAGAGAAGGUGGCCGAUUCUGCCCCAAGCGUAAAGAAGGAUCCGAGUUUUGCUCGAAAACCAAUAGAAAAGAAAGGGAGCAGGAGGUUUGAGCAAGAUCAGAUGAAUCAGCAGGUGCCACCUGCAGCCCCCACAGACAAACCAAUGAGCUCAUAUUCCGGUAGAGGGAGUAGGGUUGCCACUUCGGGAACGGCUAUUUCCAGUGAAGCGGAAGCGAUGGCAGAUGCUUGGGAGAAGGAAAAGCUGACGAAAAUCAAGAAGCAGUGCAACGAGACGAUGGAAACCAUAGCUGAAUGGGAGACCGAGAAGAAGGCCAAGGCCAGGCGCCAAAAGGAACUGAAAAAUGAGAGUGACUCGGAGAGGAAGCGAGCGAAGGCGCUGGAGGACUACAACAAGGAGAUGUCAAGGAUCAACAAGGUGGCCGCCGCGUCAAGGUUGACGGUGGAGGAGAAGAGGAGGAACGCGGAGAGGAAGGUCAGGGAGAAGGCAGAGAGGAUACGAUCCACGGGGAAGCUUCCCCCGACGUGUGGCUGCUUCUGAAACCAUUCGUGUAUAUAUCUACUACGUGCAAGAGUUGGCAUGGGGAUUCGUUUGCGUCUAUGUAAAGAAAAUGGCAGCUGACUGCACCGUUUCUCAAGGAGAAAUAAUGGUGUUUCGAUCAAGAGAUGCAUGGCAACAAUCCUAUUCGGAUUGCUGACAAAGCAAUUAAGUUUCCGCCAUUCUUCAGCGAGUAUAACCUGUGUGAAGGGGCGCGCGUGUGUAUGUACAACUGGCGUGAUAAUUUGUUCAUGACCCUUCUCAUUCAAUUGUCUUACGCUCA